AUGAAGCGCCCCGCAAAGGAUCAUGUCCGCCCAUGGGAAGAUCCAAAUAAACUCACCAACCCUCAGUUUCAAGAAGCUCUGGUGGCAUUUGGAAUCAAAUUUAAUCCUACCAAACGUCGUUCACAGCCACCGUUACCAGCCUCGGAUAAACUGUUUGUUGCCAAGCUGAAGAUCUUCCUGGCUCUUUAUGAGGUUGACUUCCCAGCGCAAGCCAACCGCGGGCAUUUGGCCUUUUUGUAUGAUUCUCUGGUCGAACGUGUCAACAAGAGAGUUUCAGUCCGCGCCCGCAACGCCACUGUGACUGUUGUUGUCCCACCUCAUAUCGAGCACAAGAAACAAAAAGUCAACCCAAAACCACCCCGCAACAUCAGUCCCAAGCCAACGUCCUCAGUCCCAGCGCCAGAAUCCCACGAUCUGAGGCUUAGAAGUCUUCCUAGCCUUGUAGGGAAGCACUCGGUCCCAUUGCCAAAGUCCAACAAUCCAACGUCCGCAAACCUCCCAAGCCAAGUAGGAAAGAGCAGGUGUACCAAUACCGUAGUAAGCAAGGCUUACUUUUCGCCAUAUGACCAACGUGCACCUCAAGAAGAUCGCUCCUUUUCUCAAACCUUACGAUCACCAUCCGGGGGAUAUCAACCCAGGCAAUCCCCACGUCUGCGUGCUCACCCAGAGGCCGGCUCGCCAUCUCACCACCACCGCUCUCACACUGAGCUGUACAACUCCGAGGCUCUGGUCACCAUCAAGGAGGAAUCUGACAACGAGCAUGAGAUCCCAACUCAGGUUCAGGACCCGCCUCCACAUACGGAAACUACAGCCUUGCCAACCUCCUCGAACCUCCACUCUUCGCCAAGUGUCAAGAGGGAAGAAGAUCUCGAGUCCCCCGCAAACAGCUUUUGCUCUUCCUCUCAACCGUUUUCUCAUGCUACCUCCGAAGAGACGACCCGAAGUUCCUCUCAAGAGACAGCCAGAGAGUCCCCCGCAAACAGCUUUUGCUCUUCCUCUCAACCGUUUUAUCAUGCUACCUCCGAAGAGACUACCCAAAGUUCCUCUCAAGAGACAGCCAGAGAGUCCCCCGCAAACAGCUUUUGCUCUUCCUCUCAACCGUUUUCUCAUGCUACCUCCGAAGAGACGACCCGAAGUUCCUCUCAAGAGACAGCCAGAAGUUCCUCUCAACAAAUUUCUUGUGCUACCACCGAAGAAACGGGCAGAUUUAGUCAGGCGAGCACCCAGCAGUCCAUCCCCAAGUCUCCAUUCCACACCCCUCUGAUCCCUCGAGAUCACGCCUUGGCUUCUCAAGAAUCACAACUCGAUUUUGCCGACCGGGAAGACUUGAGCAGGGGGGUUCACCUAAGCCUCCGGGAGUCAACCGAGGAAGCAAUCAACGGGGAAGAUCAGGAGGCCAUCCCCGUGUCUCCCUUCCAAGUCGCUCCGACUCCUCAAUGUUUUCACAAAGGUACUCCGUCCCCAGCCUUGGCCUCUCAAGGAGCAUCUUUUGCUGCCUUGGCAGAUACUAGCGAAGUGAGUGUAGAAGAGCCUUUGAACUGGACCAGUCGAUCACCCUCUUCUUCGAAUUCCCGGACCUCUUUUAGGGCGCGAGCCGGCAGCUCAGAUUCACGUGAUCAUUCGGGAGAUGCCUCCUCUGAACCAUCCGAGGAGGCUUCAGUGCUUGCCGGCAGCAAAUCUCCUCAAUCACAGCCCUUUUCAUCAAGUGGCCAGAGCCCCUUGGUAGGCCAUGAUUUGCCGAAAUCAGCGGGCGAGCCCCGUAGGAGUCAAGCAAGAAACGCGCGCCGGUCCACCGAGAUUUUACCAUGCCGCCCGAGCUCAUCUGUAGGUCAAAGUAAGAAGCGUAGUUCUCAGGACCACAGAGAUUGGCCGGAGGCCUCACGGCUCUUUCGGACUGAGAUGGAGCAGUACUUGGAUGAAAAUGGAGUUGCGUACAACAGCACGACUCGCAACGCCCAAGUGACUGCAAGCUACAACCUUCUACGCGCCAGUCUCGCUGACUUUUGCAAACAGAGAUCAUCAAAACGCCCCAGAGCCCAUAGAUUGAGCAUGCACGCAGACGGAGUCAAAUCAGAGUCCAGGCCAGCAGUGAAGUCGAAGACGCGGGUGCCUCCCACUGAGUAUUUGGUUGCCACACCUUCACAAGCCUCUUCUAGCGCGCGGUUCACCCAUCGGUCCGCCAGUUCUUGUACCAGAAGCUUUCCUACCAAAAAUGCAAGGCAGAAGAAAUCCAAAAAGAUCCGCUCCCCUCAAACAAAGACUUCCAACAGAGGGGAACAAAGAAAGCCAACAAAAACCCGCAGGUGGGUUCGUGCCCCUCGAGCCAGCCAAGAACCCCGCAACAACCGCAUCAAUUUUGUCCCCAUUAUUCCUGAUGCUUCUACGAAGAGGAAAGAUAGAUCGCCUGAUCCAUCUUUGACCCCUGCUCCCGCUAAACGAACUCGCCCUGCCCGUAAUGAUACUUUCUCUAAUGAACUGCCUGCCCUGCCUCAAGCCAGCACCUCACGCCAUCGCAGACAACAACCAGCUCAACACAACAGCCACACCAUACACCCGUCCUUACAUGACAACAACGAGCUAAUACACCUGUCCUUGAAUGACGGCAACGAGCUAGCACAUCUGAAAGCCGGGCUUUUACAUCAUGAACCUGAUGAUGAGGCAGACCAGAUCCAAGGCCCAAGUGAGAGCAGCAGGCUGGACAAUCUCCCUCCUUGGCGCCUUGCCUUGGAUGUCUCUUCUCCCCUUCCUGACGCCUCCACGGCCUCACGAAGCCGUAAACCACCAUCAAUUUUUUGUGACAACAGCUUGCCUGACAACAGAUUAUCCCACAACGGCCUGUUCUCUCAAGCCCUUGACUCAGAUAUCCAUUCCUCUGUGACUCUUGAAAGGAAAAGGAAAGUCCCGCAUGAUUCUUCCUCGAUUAGCUUGCCACCUGCCAAACAAUCUGGCCGCUCUGUUCCCACGCUCAUACCCACCUCUUCUCAAGUUGGCCGUUGA